AUGAAUAAUGGACUUAGAUAUAUCUCAGAAAAUCGAUCUUAAGAUCUAGUAUAUUGUUUCCCUUUAGUAAACUAAAAAACUCCGUUUUAAAAGAAUUCGUAUUUGCUAUUAAUUUUUUAGAGCAGAUUAGGAGAAUAAUUAAUAAAUAAUAAAGUCUUCUUUUAUAGCAAAAGUACUUGGUGUAAUAGGUUGUCUAUUCGGAAUUAUAUUUAUGAUAUUAAGGAUUUAAGGUCAGAAUUCAAUGCUAUCAGAAUAUUUAUUUAACGUGAAAACCCUAUAAAUCUCAAGAGCUUCAUUUUUUUUUGGCUUUAUUUUAUUAGCUGUGAUAAUUUCAAUAUUCAUUUAUCAACUAAAAUUUAAGGAAGUAAAUUUGUAAAUAAUAAAAGACUCUAAACCAAUAUAAAAUAGGUUUAAUAUUAUAGACUUUAUUCACUAUUUCAUUUAUUGUUUCAGCUACUACUUUAAGCUAUUUUCUUUCCAUUUAUUUAAAAAAUGGAUGUAAUACCAUAUUUAAAUUUAUUUUUAGAAAAUUUAGUAUUAAGCAGUACUUUAUGCAUAUUUAUAAUUAAUGUAGUAUUAGCUAUUUAUGUAUAGUUAAAGAAAUAAGACUAUUAGCCUUCAAGUAAAAUGAAAUAUCAAUAUCUUAGAAUAUAGCAUAUACAGCAUCAUUUUAAAUUGCAUUUUUUCAUUUAUAUCAAUUUUGUACUUUAUCGACAUUUGGUGGAAUCUAUUGAUUUGCGGAAUUUCAAUUAUGCUUUUUGAACUUUUAAUAAUCCAUUCUGCAAAAAUGAUUUUAGAAGAACUUGUAUAAAUCAUUAUUAAAAUUAAUAGAAUUUGAAUUUAAACGAAAAAGAUUAUAUUAUUGCAGUACCUAUCAUUUUUUGCCUCUCUAUAGUGUUAUUUUUAGCCUUAAUUUUACUAAUUAUUAUAGUAGCAUUAUUAUUUUGCAAGUCAAAUAAUUCAGAGGGUCAAGAUGAUGAUGAGGAUGAUGGUGAAAGUUGA